AUGGCUGAGAGCGACACAGGAGAUAGUGGGCAAGACGCUGCUAUUAAUACACGGCUAGUGGGCGAGAGUGGUGUCCGUUCUCGAUCAGAUGCCACUGUUGGAUGUUUACCAUCAACUCCCCUUUCAAUUCACCGAACACCAGCAUCGUCAUUGCAUGGCAUAGAAAAGAAUUUAUCGAGUCGCCUACAGACUACUCAAGAAUCAUCAAGCCAACUCCCGACACCUCAGUUGCCACCAGCCCCAGUGUCUAGUCAUGGCUCCAUUUCGGAGGUUUCCGCAUAUCCCAGCAUCACUCAAGCCCUACGAAGUUCUCUCCCUCCUCGGAAAGAUAUUGAAAUCCUCAUCGAAAGACUCAGCAGUAUGUCAAUCUUUUGCUACAAAUCUAGCUUUGAACUAUGCAGCUCGUGGCCAAGCGAAAAAGCCCAAGAACAAAUACCAACAACCAAUCUCCUAUAUUCGGAAAGCCACCCAAUCUUGUUGGCAAGGCAAAUGCUGCUUUUCGUAGUAGGGUUGCAACAUCUGUCUCCCACAAAAGCUAUACCUGGCCUCACCAAGCAUCAUCGCGCUAUUAUGGAGCAGCUAGCAGACUCCGUCAUCAAUCUAGUAAAUACGAAUGACGUCUUGCUUGGCACAUUGGAGGCUCUCGAGAACCUCAUUCUUGAAGGCUUCUAUCACAUAGAUCGCGGCAACAUCCGACGAGCCUGGAUCACAAUGCGCCGUGCUGUCAUGACAGCACAGCUAUUGGGCUUGCAUCGACCAGGCCACUAUCGCUUCAAAGUCGUCAACCAGCAAAGCGAUCUUGAUCCUGCGGCCAUGUGGGCCUGUGUGGUUUCCACGGAACAAUUUCUGUGCUUGCUACUGGGUCUGCCCACAAGCACCAGCGGUACGAGUUUCGCAAUCCCCAGGGUUGAGAGCGGCAACUUGCCUAUAUUCGUUCCAGAUAUGGUACCCAAAAUUAUCGAACGUAAUCAGAAGAAUUCACCCCAAGAAGCACUUGAUAUGACUCAAGAGAUGGAUCAAGAACUAUUGAGGGCCAUUGAGCAAUGGCCUCCUGCGUUCUGGCGGCCAUUGCAAUUCGCGGGUCUCGAAGUAGACUCGGCGGAGGCCUUCUGGGAAACUCGACGAGCUUGGGACCAUGUGUUUUAUUACUCUUUGGUGAACCAGCUCCAUCUGCCAUAUAUGCUAAACCCAAGACAUGCCUCGCAGAGGGUGUACUCGAGAAUCGCCUGUGCAAGCGCCAGUCGUGAGAUUUUGAGCCGACAGAUCGCGAUCCGUACGUUCAACCCAGUCACGGCCGGCUGUCGGAUGGGCGAUUUUAUAGCUCUGAUUGCUGGUAUGACACUGAUGCUGGCUCACAUCUUGAGCCACUGUAACAAGGGCACGGAAAACCUACUUGUACACCACCGAGUUGGAGAUCGGGCGACAGUGGAACGGGCUCUCGAGUGUAUGGAAUCCGUGUCGGAGCUACAUGAGGAUGUCCUCACAGCGAAAUGUGCUGCCCUUCUUAAGCAUUUGUUGGAUAUUGAAGCGGGGCCUGCACAGAAGUACUCGGAUGUCGGUGAAGAAAACGACCAAAACGUGUUGGUAGUGAAGGUGCCGUACGUUGGUGCCAUCAGAAUUGCGCGAGACAGUAUUUCUAUUACGCCCUUCGACGCAGAGCAGGAGCAGGUUCCCCAUGAGGGCGUGACAAUUGGUGGCUUUGGGUCUAUCCAUGUCAGAACACCACAAGUCUCCAACCAUCAUACACCUACUGAUGUAGUCGCACCCGAUGCUGCAGCCUCACGAGGAACCGCGCAGGCAGUGGAGGCAUCUUCAGCACGGAAGCAUGGGGGGCAGGUUUCCCAGGCCGCGUCUGGAGAUGUUUUCACACUGCCAGAAGAUGCAUUCCCGGAUGCUUCUGCUGGCAUGGAAGAAUGGCUUUUCCAAGGACUUGACACUGCCUUCUUUGAUAUGCUGAUGAGCGGAGCUAGGGAGCCGCUAAAUGGUACUGACACUGAAGGAUGGAAUUUUACAAUUUCCCCAUGA